UUGACUCACUGUGGUCCCUCUGGCUCAUGGACUUCUCCGAGGGCGCCACUCGAAAGCGGCUUAAUUGAUUCCAGCUUCCUGCCCUUCCCGGCCUCCCGAUGCCCGGGUUUCGUUUUUGCUUCUUGCUCGUCGAGGGCUGCCUCGGGAGAGCAAUUUGUCUUCGGAACAAGAUGUUUCCUCCCGUUUGCUCCCCCCGGGAGAUUCCUCUCUUUCCCCCAGCAUGCCUCCAAAUAGAAAUGGGGCUCGGUUUGCAGCAUGACUAAAUUCACUCUCAAUCCUAGGGAUGUUCUCGGCGUCUUGGAACCGUUCUCUGUAGUUUGCAGAACUUUUCUCCAACAGCAGCAGGAUUAAUCCUCCAUCGCAGUAGGGGGGGGGGGGGUUGGACCCCUUCAAGGACUUCAGGCUCCUGUCCCUUGAGCGGAUUUGUAUGGGCGCACCAUUCCGAUCUGGCGUGAGUCUUUAUCGCAGUAUGAGCAAACGGAAUCAGUUUCAGUAACAGUACUUUACUUACCUGGCUCAGAUCUUCAAAGAACGUUUCCAAGAACUUACAUCUUCUCAGGACGUUUUCACAGUGUUUGCUGCCUACCCAAAAUUCUAAUUAAAAUGCUAUACACUUUGGUUUGGACCUUAACAGUGCUUUGCAAAUUCUGUUUAGCAGUCUCAGGUGAUUUUCUUUUAAUAGAUGGAGAUGUGAACCAUCAUCGUAUGUUUCCUUUGUCCCCCAUAACUGAAAGAGGCUCACACCUGGAACUUUUCUGUAGUCUUGGCAAAAAGCUGUAUCCCUAUAAAAAUGCCAGCCAUAUAAUCUGGACAAUAAAUGGGAAUAGGAUUCCAAAGGAAAACUAUAUAAUUGUCAAUGACUCUGUCGCUGGAGUUGUUAUUCAUAAUUUCACUUACGGAGAGGCUAACGUGAAAUGCUAUGUUGACUUUCCAGUCGAAAAGCAACUUCUGGCUCACACUGAAGUUAAAUCAGGAUUUCCACCACAGAGACCUGAAAAUAUUUCUUGCAUUAAUUAUGGGGGCCAAAAUAUUACUUGCAGUUGGACUUUUGAAAAAGAUACGAACAUUGAAACAAACUACACAAUUAUUGGAAGCAAACACCCAGAUUUGAAAGACCAGUUUUUAAAUUACACAUGGAGAAGCAAGAAUAGUUCAAGAUUGUGGAAUUUCUCAACUAAAAUAUUCUAUCCUGAGUUUUGUAUCCAACUGAAAUUAGAAAAUCGAUUGGGGAAAGCAGAGUCAUCAUGUAUUCCACAAAGAUCAGAAGAAAUAUUGAAGCUUGACCCCCCUCCUGUUAAAGUGAAAAAAAUUCCAGGAGUGAAGAAAAUGCUAACAGUUUCCUGGGGAGGAGAUAUGGAGGAAAGCAAAUGCCAGAUACGAUACAGAAAUUUAAUGCAAAAUGACUUGAAAGACACCCACAUUGUCAGUAACAUUUCUCUGCAAAAUGAUUUUAAUCUCACCAAUCUGUGGAGUUUUACAGAAUAUGCUGUUGCCAUUCGGUGCAUUGUUCAUGGAUCAAGGUUCUGGAGCGAAUGGAGCAGAGAGCAGAAAGGAAUAACAGAGGAAGAAGCUCCCUCAAAAGAAGUGGACUUGUGGAGAGUGCUUGGAAAAUGCCAGCCCAAUGGAUCCCGACAGAUUCAUCUUUUCUGGAAGCAACUUAAAGAGAAUGAAUCUUUAGGAAUAAUAAAAGGUUACAGAAUCAGAUGCUUCACACAAAGCAACCGUUCCCAAGCAUGUGCAGAGAACACUACUAACAAGUUGGUCACUGUCCAGUUAACGGAGGAAGCCUAUCUGAUUAGUGUUAUUGCUUAUAAUGCAGCUGGAGAUUCCCCAGAGGCUGUUUUGACAAUUCCUUCAUGUUCUGAAGAAAGCCAGGACCAGCCGAGGGUGGUCAUGCUGAAUGCUUCUGCUUUAAAUGAACAGAUGAUUGUGGAAUGGAAAACAGAUCCAGAUAUACACAGCUUUGUGAUAGAAUGGUAUGAUGUGUUAGAAACGAAUGCAUCUGAAAGAUCAUGGCAAUACGUAAAAAAUGCAAGCAGCUGGAUAUUUCAGAAAGGAGCCUUUGAACAAUAUAAGUGUUACAACAUCUCGGUGUACCCUGUGUACAAAGAUGAAAUAAAAGCUCCAAGUUCUAUAACAACUUAUUUUGAGGAAGGACGUCCUUCACAUGGCCCUGCUGCAGAAGUAGAGAAUAUCGAUAAAAGCGAGGCUACCAUAAAGUGGAAGGAAAUAGAAAAAGCAAGCGCAAAUGGUGAUAUUAUUAACUACACUAUAUUCUACAGACCAGAAGGUGGCAAAGAGCUAGGAAAGACGGUAAAUGCUAGUCUUCUACAAUAUCGACUAAAGUUCUUGCAAGCCAACGUCAAAUAUACAGCUCAUAUUAUGGCAAGCACUAUUGCUGGUGGAACCAACGGGAGUGCUGUCACUUUCAUCACCAAUCAACUUAGCGUUGUAGAAAUAAUAUUUAUUAACGUUUUUGCUGUAAUGGUAAUGCUGUGCCUAAUCACUUUUGGGUUAUUGUGGGCCCUAAAAAGACGCAUGUUAAAAAGGAUUUUCUGGCCAAAAAUACCACAUCCUAAGUUACCUGAGAUGAUCCCGGGCAAUCUGGAGAAGCAGCUGAAAGAACCACAGUCUGAGGAGAACACAGUCAUUCCUGAGAUCAUCAGUAUUUUGAAAGUUGGGGAUCAUGACAAGCGUCAGCUGCUGGAUUUUGAGGAUUGCUUGGGACAGACAAAGGUCACUGAAGAAGGUGCCGUUUGCUUGCAUGAGGCCUCAGGCAGUGGAGGACACGAAGCUAUAAAACCUCUCUUACAGACACCCACCACCCUUGGUCAACAACUAGUUCCAGCACCAGUGAGCCAGCAGCCACCAUUGCAAAGAUCAGAAGAAAGCUUAUCAGAACAUUGUCAGAAAUCAAAUCAUAGCAAUGAGGAAAAACAAGAUCAGCCAAAUACAAAAGAGAAAACUGAAUUCAAUCCCUAUUUAAGGAAUUCUGUCCACACAAGGGAGUUUCUGGUGGGUGAGAACUUGUCAUUCUCAAAGAAGACAGGCAGAAAGAAAGAGACUGUUCCUGGUGCCCCUUGUAGGUCAAGCGAUAACGGGCAACAGUAUGUGGCACUGGAUGCAGUUGUGCUGUGACUAAGUACUAAUGAGUUGCAGAGUACUUAAAAUGCUUUGGAUCAGAGUAACUUCCUGAAGCAUACAGUUCCUGCUGAACUCACGGACUAGAGAGAGAGAGUCACUACUCCUGCUGCUUUAGUUGUUUCCUGGGAACACUGGACUUUUCUCAAUAAUUUUUCAUGGCUUUUCUGCAAAGUUUCGUGUUUUGUCAAAAAGAAAAUAGUGGUAAUUCAUCCCAGUCCCCAUUGCUUGCUUAGAUUGUUUGCGACUUAUCCCUUUAAGGCAGUGGGUGCUAAUCCCCCUCUCCUGGGUUUCGAAACAAAGAUGAGUGACCAAGUGGAAUACAGAAUACAAAUACUUUUUUGUCCAACCCUAUUCUUGAAGUAUAUUAAUAGACACAGAAGGAUGUUAGUUAUCUACCUCAACUCUUUCAUUUAACCCAGCUAUUUUGUUCAGCUCUCCUGACUCCAACUCACUUCACCUCCUUUAUUACCUUCCCCUACUUUGACAUUUCACUAUUUUACCUCAUGCAACUUUAGAAAUGCAUGAACAAAAUCAGCCGUGUUCUAUGAGGCAAGUCUUGAACAGGGCCCAACUGCAGAAUUUGAAGCACAGUCCCGUUCUGAAUAUCUCCACCUGCAAGAUAGUUAUACAGCGGUCUACUAAAAUUCUAGAGUACUCUUUUUAGCAGAGAAAGAGAAAUCAGGGAUCUUGAGAAAAUAAAUGUGUAGGGCUUGCUUUAUAUAUUUUAAAUAUUGUACCUUAACAUUUAUUUUAUCUGCUUCUUUCUCCAGGGAACUGAAGUUCUCUCUUUUCCCCAUUUUAAUAUCACAGCAGGUCUAUGAGGAAGGUUAAGCUAGGGGUGGUUGGUUCAAGGUCAACCCAGGGAGCUUCAUGCCCAAAUGGACUUGAACCCGUGCCUCAGUGAUAUGAUCUAUCUCCUUUGCUGUACUUGAACCCACCCUUGUGGAGAUAUUAAGGCUGGAGUGGAAUUUGUUCAUCCCUGUUCUGGAAGCAGUCACAGAUACGCGGAGGGGGGUGGUGCAUUGUAAACUAGGGCCACUUGUAAGUGCAGGUGGGCUAAGAACCAUUUCCCAUCAUGAAUACAUCCAUUACAAUCAGACCCCGUAACUACCAGCAGCUUUGAGAUGUAAGGCAGUGAAUCUUCUGCUUUAGUAUAAAUGCCUGAGACACAAGGUAAGAAGUAAAGGCACAUGGUAUCAAUUUACUUUUGUAUGUGCCAUCACAUACAGAUAGUAUUAAAAUACAAUACCAACAAGUACUGAGUACCAAGCAGUGUCUUUCUUUUAAUGGUUACUUUUAUAAUAGUAUAUUAGUUUUUUUUAAAAAAGGCAACAUACAUGUACAGCAAAGGGUAGUCCCUAGAAAGACAUUUACUAAUACAGACAAUAACAGUAUAGCUUUCAUAAUGUAUAUGACAGGGGACAUGCAUUUUGAAAACAGGAUGGGUGUUGACAUUUCUGUGCAAAGUGUACAAGUGCUCUUUCUUACUUUCCCUUUAAUGCCGAACUGUGCUUAGCUAAAGCAGCUAUCCAGAAAAAACCACCUGGGAAUUACUCAAGACACCACAGGGAACUGUGCUUGCCGAUGCCUAUGGGUGGGAUGUCCCCACUGGAGUCUAACAAAAUUAAAAGUAUAUUGGGACAAA